AUGAACCGCUUAUUCGGAAGCUCUGCCAGUAAGAAACCCGGUCCUUCCCUCCAAGAUGCAAUUGCAUCGACAGAUGCUCGAGCGGGAUCGAUUGAAGUGAAGAUACGCAAACUCGAUGCAGAGCUGGCUAGAUAUAAAGAACAAAUGAGCAAGUUGCGGAACGGGCCUGGCAAAUCUGCAAUCCAACAACGCGCACUCCGCACUUUGAAGCAGAAGAAGAUGUACGAGGCCCAAAUCGCACAACUCACACAACAAUCUUUCAAUAUGGAGUCUGCUGCGCUCACGACAGAGAACUUGAGGAACACGAUGGCGACUGUCUCUGCCAUGGAACAGGCCAACAAACAGAUCAGGAAACAAUAUGGCAAGAUUGACAUCGACAAGAUUGAGAACAUGCAUUAUGAUAUGGAGGAGUUGAUGGAACAAGCCAAUGAGAUUCAGGAAACGUUAGCGCGCUCGUAUGCUUUGCCAGACGAGAUAGACGAAGCGGAUUUGGAAGCAGAACUUGAUGCAUUGGAAUUAGAAGAGGAAGAAGAAGGGCCUUCAUAUCUCGCCGAUUUGAACAAAGCACCCGAUUUCAUAGAUGAAGCGCCGGUUGAACUCGAGACCCCAGCGCAACCAGAAGCGGUCAAGACGGCGUAG